GCGGCGAUAGGUGCUCUGCAACAGCAAAUUGCAGUUUCUCUCGCGGAGCACUUCUUCCCCUCGAGAUUUCCCGAUUGGUCCGCGACGGCGUAGGGGGGCUCGCCGGCGUUGUCUACAUCUACGCGGCGGCGGCGGCGGCUCCUUUCCCGCGCGGGCGGCGGCAGCUACUUCCCCGUGUUGUCCGCUACAUUCAGCGCCUCCUGCUACAUGCGCCAUGUUUCCAGUUACAUGCGAUGGUGGGGAGUUUCGGUGGCGGUUGAGGCUGCAUCGUUGGGGCGGUGGUUGCAUCCUCGCGGUGGAGGCUGCGACCUAGUGACGGCGAUUCCGUCCUUCCGGCAGCGGGGUACAUCCACUCGGCGGCGGCUUUAUCUUCGCGGCCGCGGAUCCAUCCUCGCGACGGAGGCUGCAUCCCGCGAUUUCGGCUACAUCCCCUCGCUGUCUGUUCCAUCUCAGGGUCUCCGGCUACAACCCCUCGUCGUCGGCUAGAUCCCCUCGCCGCCUGGGUCUCCGGCUACAUCCCCUCGCGGCAUGUUCCAUCCCAGGGCUCCGGCUACAUCCCCUCGUCGGCAGCUACACACAACUGCAAGGAGACUCCAUCCUCGCGGUGGAGGCGGCAUCCCCUCGAAGACAGCAGCUUCCCCGCAGCAACGGCUGCAUCUCGCGUCUUGGGCCACAUCUCCACUGCAUCACGUGUCUAUGGCUACAUUCCCGCAAUUCCGGCUACAUCUGCCGCGGUUCCUGCAUCCCAUGCAAGGGUAUCAAGGGCGCAAAGGCUCAGCUGAUGAUACCCUCCCGCACCCCACCCUCCCAGCCCUAACCGCCCCAGCCGUCGCCGCCGCCGGGGCAAAGACCUUCGGGGCGUGGCGGCGGCUGGGGCCCUUCCUCGUCGAUGCGUGGUGGACGGCGGCCGGGUCUCCCCUCCUCGACGCAUGGCGGACCGACAGGUGCGGAUGGGAUGGGUGGCGGCGGCCUGCACUGCGCCCCCUUCUCCCGUCGGCUCUCCCCUGGUGGACCGGCCGGCGCGGAUGGGAUGGGCGGCGGUGGCAUGCGCUGCGGUCUCCCUCCUCCCGUCGGCUCUCCGCAGCACUCCGGGCAGGGGCUGGUGGUGGGCGGCGGCCAGCCCCCCCCCGCCUCUCAUCGGUGAGUGGAGGCUGCGACACGAGGUCGCCCGGUGCAGCAGCCUUGGGUACGACGGUGGAGGUGGCCCUCUUCUUCGCCGGAGAGGGUCGGCCUGGGGUUGGUGGUAGUGGAUCUAUCGAUCUAUCACCGUGUUCCGGUGGCGAGAUGGAGAAGCAUGGAAGCCGGCGACGGUGUCGCCGGUGGAGGGUUGGAGUGGCCAGCCCGGGAUGGUCGCCGACGUGGGGUCCAACCUGAAUAAAGGCGGUGGUCCUAGGGUCUCUCUUGCGUGAAGAGGAAGACCUAUUGGAGGCCUGGACUCCUGAUCUGGCCGGAGUGUUGAGUUCCGGAAGGCUUCGCCGGCGAAUGUAACAAUGUUUUUUGCCUGGAGUUUGCUGGAUCGGUGGUUUUCGGUCGUGCGCACCCUUGCUUUUAUUCCGACCGAUUGGUUCUGGAGGGAGCUGCGCGAAGCUCUUUUUCUAUGUUGACAUCAAGUGACUAUGGAUCCAUGAUGAAAGUCGGAAGAAGAGAAGUUCAUGAAGGCCGGAUGGGAGGACUAGCUAAGGGAGGUUCAAGUCUCCGCGCUGUUGAGGGACUUGGUAGCGGUAUGAAAGUGGAGCCGACAACACAGUGAAGUUCAGAAUCCUAUCUUUCAGGGUGAAAACCCAAGGUCUUGCCUUAACUGGUUGUGCCUGGCAAUGACCUUGUUGGAGGCAUUGUUUUGAGAGCGGGGACUAUCUUCAGGGUGAAAAUCUAAUAUCGUUGAUCGGGCGACGACGGUGUUAGAGCACUGUUCCCUUCUUGGAGGCGUCGUUUUUGGAGUUUCAGGUGUUGUCUUGGCGGUGGAUGUAUUGCUCUUGUUAGGCCCGAGAUACUGUAGCGGGACUUUUGUUUCUUAGUUUUCUUUUCCUUUUUUUCGUCGUGUGCAUCCGUAGUGCCAUUAGGGUGGUGCGUUGUUGCAGAAGCUGGGUGUAAUUGAUAUCUUUUUGAUAUUAAUAUAUUCUCUUUAUCGAAAAA